UGCAAGUUUUUUAUAUUGUGCCCGCUAAUUGAGGAUUCGUACUAUACAUUUCUGUUCGGAAAUCGAAUUUGCAAUUGUAUACAACGGUUUGACAGCUGAAGCGGAAAUGUUUAUCGAAGAGUUAGAAAUAAGUAAAAUACUUGACUGCGGGCAUGUGUGCUUGCAUUUUAAAGAAAGUCGAAAUGCAGUUUAUAUAGUUCAAGGUAACAACAACUGUCCACUGCGUCACGCCAUGAGCACUGCGUUGAAAUUCAUUUGUAGUGGCCGAUAUGCUAGCAUUGAAUCAUUAACUCAUUUCAAGAAUUUACAUAAGGGUUACGUGCGUGUAGUGCUACUUAUUUCAAAAGAUGACUUGGCCACUACAGGUGUCACGAUGGUCAGAACUAAUUUUGAGAGUGGUAGUGAUAGCGAUGAACCCUGUACGUCACAAAGGGCAUUGGAACGCGAACAGCGGCAUAAACACCAUCGAUUACAGGCCCAAACGUAUCACAGAUUGGAGGCAUUACGCGACUUUCGUUCAAAUCCCGAGUUGAUUGAAUAUGGUAUCGACGGAGGAGCGAAGGAAAAAAUUAGCAUCUACGGAUUUCAGGGAAAAUUUCGCACAAAUAUUGAUUAUAUUCUACACCAACCAUUUAUAACAUCUAACGAUUUUAAAGGUAAAUGGUUAAAGUUUAUGGCCACAAAAAUGAACGGUGUUAAGCAUCAAGAGCAAACUAUGUCUCCAUUAUUUGUGCAGUUUGUGCAACUAUUUUUAAAAAAUCAUUACAACACUUGUGAUUUGUUGCCUAAAUUAACCAACUGCUGUAUUGCGGGGCAGUCAGCUCUAGAUGUAAUGCUGGCAACGCAUGCUUUAAAGAUUUUCAAUGAUAUGCGCGUAACCUUUGAGUACAUUUCAUGCAUGGAAUAUACCGUAUGGUUUCUAAUACCUCAUAAAGGACGUUAUGUGUCAAUUCAGGAAGUGUGUGUGGAAAAUUUCAAGUUUAAAGAUAUAAGCACUUAUAUUAAAUCAAAAACGCAUGGAGGGACACAAAGCAAAGAAUACAUUUGGUCCAAUGCUGAACAUGCAGUACUAGAUCUCUUAUUUAUCGCUUUCCAGCUGGUAAUGUGUUAUCACUUUAAACGCGGAAUUGUGUAUUUGCAGGAAGAAUUGAACAACAUUAAAGAUUACCAAACCAUGCAAUUCGUGAUAACGGCAUAUAUGCACAGUAAUGGGAAUUCAAACAAUGUCCCACCUCAGAAAAACUACUUGCAACGAAUUUUAGAAGCUUGUAAUAAAAUGCAAAUAACUGCCAUUAUAGACUAUCCGGGUGGAUUACCAGUAAAACCUGUAAAUGUAAACCUUAUCAAAUGUUUUAAAGAUGAAGACACCGGCGGAUGGUAUAUGAAAAUCGUGGAUAAUGAUAGUUCCUGCAGUUUCAAUCAAUUUAAAAGUGAAUUGGAAGCCGGUCUAAAACGCCACUAAAUCCAGCGCAAAACAAAGUGUAAAUAUAGUAAGUUUAUGUACGCACAGGAUAAAAUAAAACUCAAAGUGUAUUAAAUUAUUUGAAA